AUGAACGUAUUUCUGUUGAUGUUUCCGCUUGCAAUGGCGGUGGAACUGCGAACACUUGUUUACCAGGACAAGCUUCGUAUAUAUCCUGCCAAAAAGAUAGGCGACAAGAUAUUGCCCAGCUUUGAAGAGCAGCGCAAUGUCGGUCUCAGCAUGAGGCGUAAAAAAUUUGUCUUAAAGGCUGAGAGCCACCUAACGAUUAACCAUUUUUGGAAGCUGCUCGGUCGGAAGGAUGCUGAACUGGCCAAAGGGAGCCAUGCACUGCGGAUGGACGAUAGCAGGUUGUAUAUGUCGCUUUUUAAAUCCCCAGUUGAUAAUGUUACGUUGUUUUCUGUUAUUUUGGCUUCGCUCAAAAUGCCUGAAAACUGCCACGUCAAUUUGGUUGUGGACGAUAACGAAGUCAAGAAAAUAGCAAAGGACGCAGUGCAGGCAUUCGUCAAUGUCGGUCUGAAAUUGAAGCACAUUCUUCCCAAAACCCUCGUCUUGGCAUUGGAUGGCUAUGUCAAGGGCAUUAUUACAAAGAGGUACGUGUUGACGAUCAGCACAGGUGGAGAGAAGGGCGUGUUUUGCUUCUACGCGACUGACAUUGUGGGGGGAGAUCAGAAAGCGAAGCCGACGAGCGACGCGUCUAAAGGUGAGGACAAGAAGCAGGGAGCAGAAGCAGAGAGCAAGUCUGAGGUGCAGAAAAAGAAGGAUGUGAACGGUGGGGAUGCUCUCAAAUUGGUGUUUGUCCAUGAGACAGAGCUAAUAUCGGAUGUUGCUAUCAAAAAGAUUAUGUACGAAUUCAUACGGGGCUUCGUUGAAAAGGCUUACAACAAGUUCAGAACUGAGAAAAGGAGCCUUGAACCUGUAGAAGUCGGCUAUUACCCGUUCGAUGAUGGCGAGAAGAGGCCGGAAUAUUACUUUCUCGUGGAAGAGAUCGCUGAGGAAAUGAUACAUGUGGUGCAAAAGCGUGCACCGACCUAUGUUAGAAUAGAAAUCCUCAUCUAUAACUCGUCUGGUAAGCAGCUUGGUGUGCUGACAAGCCAGGAGUUCCAUCUUGAAGAAUUAUACAGGAAAUUGGACGAGUAUUGUGAUAGGCACCGCGAUGCAGUGGUGGCAUUUGAGGAGAAUCUUGUGAACAGCAUGCUGGGGGCCAUAGACGAUAAAAGCGUAACGGCUGGUGAUCUGUUGAAACACGUUGACGUGGUGUGCAACGGCAUUUCUAUGCAGCUUAAUCUUGUGAAGCAGUUCUUCAAAACGCUAGAAAUCAAGAAUAGAGAAUUUGUGACGUAUUACGGGACAAGUGGCAAUUACUACGAACAGUACAAGAUAAGGGAUGAUCGAGUUUACAGAGCAACAAGUGUGCCCGUCAGCACCAAGAUGUACAAGGAUAUCAUGCACGAGGUAGAAUUGUACGAAAGGUCAAGUAGUAUUUUGGGCAAGCACAGCAAGAUUUUGUAUGACCAUCCCAUUGUGAACACGUACAAAGAUCUGAGAAGCAGGAUAGAACAGGAUGUCAGCGAUCUUACACUCGAUCAGUACAACGAUUUCGUGGACAACUACGUACGUGUGGGCAAAGACUACGAUCCGAAAGAGCUUGAGAUGGCGCAUGCUGCGCUUCGCAACCAGUUUAAAGAGGUUGAGGCACUGAAGAAGAAGGAGCCUGAGAUUCACAAGGCCGUAGAGUCAACCUACAAGAAAGUGAAGGACUGGUAUAAAGAACAUGGAAAGACGAUUCAGGUCACGUACCGUGAUAUUGUGAAUCAGAAGUCUGAGCUGAUGCACUUGAUCUCAGCGUUGAGAAGAGACAAAGCAACAAGAGAAAUGAACGAAGCGAAGGAAAAAGAGAGGCUUGAAGCAGAGAAGAAAGCUGCCAAAGCGGCACUCACCAGGGAGAAGGCGAAGAAGGCUGCUGCUUUUGUUGAGGAAACAGGGUUGGACCAAAUCACAAAAAAUGUUUUGCUUGCUGGAGUGAAUGGCAUUGAUUUUUUCAAAGACUUGGUUGGAAUGACAAGUAAAGAUAAGCACGAGUAUGAUGUACAGCAAAGGGAUGCAUUCGGCGAAAUGUCCCGCAGAACAAAAUACGUGCAGGACAUUCCGCAUCUUGUAAAGCUCUCAUCUGAUGGCGGAGACAACGCCGUUUCCUCGUGGGAAGAGGUAAAUUUUGAUGCGAGAAAGGGAAUGGAGAAGCUCAUGGGGCUCUUGAAGGAUGCUGGUCCGCUUAUCGAUAAUAGCAACGACAGCAUUCUUGACUAUGAAAAGGUAUUGAGGGGCAUGCAAGAAAAGCUGGCGAGCUUGGGCGUUGCCAAUUUUGGUGACAGGAAGGGAAGGGAUAAGAAGCAGAGGAGUAUUUCUCAUGAAGAGCUGUAGUGUCCGUUUUUAAUUAAACCAAA